AAGUCUCAACAUGUCACUAGGUUGCCGAAUUUUAAUUUUGGGACUUUUCCUUUUCGAGUCCAUUUGGUGGGUGAAUGGAGCUGCAGUUCCGUCUUUCGGAAAUACGCAAUCACAAUUCCCAAAAGAUGCAACAGACAACGCACGGAAUGCAUCGUCACCAUCUGAUUUCAAGUCAUUCACGCCAAUGGAACAAAUGCGCCCGAAUAGUCUACCAUCCCAGCCACCCGUAAGACCAUUUGGAACUAUGCCUAGCAUGUUCCAAAUGCUUCCGCAAAACGCACUACCGAGCUUCGUGAUGAUGCCGCAACCGCCCCAAACACCGCAGGCCGGCAUGGUAAUGAUGCAGCAUACACCCCCUCCACCAAGCAUGAUGAACAAUCCCAGUCAACAACAAGGACAACCACAACAGCCUAAACGCGAAAUCCCUCCAGUGAUGAAUGCCACCAUCGCCAGCCACGCACCAAUUUUAAACACCAACAAUACCCGCCCUAAUAACAAUACACGUCGGGAAACGGAGCCAACUACAGUUGCGCCAGCAACUACUGUUCGUCAACCAGCCCAGGAAACAACUCUAGGUACGGAACAGAAAGAAUCCGACGGAUCAAAACUCAAACAAGCAUCAGUGAACCCAUUCAUAAUUCCCCAACAGCCCCCACAACCCAUUCCUAUGGCGCCGUUCAACCCGAUGAUGCAACAAUUUAACCCGAUGAUGCAGCCAUUCGGUCCGAUGAUGAAUCAACCUCUCUUCAUUGAUCCGAUGGGGCGUUUGAUGAUGCUCGUACCAUUCGAUCCUUCCCGCUUGAAUCUAGCUGCCCAGGCAGGACCUCAAGGACCUCAAGGUCCCCCAUUGCCCAUUCAAAUCCCUUUCGGCCAACCUCAACUACGCCCUGUUAUGCCCGACUUUAGCAAGCAACCCCCUCGAAUGCCAGUGGCGUCCAAGAAUGAAACUACUUCAAGCUAAACAUCUAAUAUCUAGAAUAUCAACUGUUAUCAAAUUUGUAAAUUUACUUCCAUAAAAAAUAGAGAAAUACACAUGCUAUGUAAAAAGAA